AGAGGCAGAAGAAAGACAAAAAGAGACAGACAGAGACACAGCACCAUUCCGUUGUGUUCUCAGAGCCAGGUUUACAUCUGUGGCUAAAAAAUUCUGCACGGCCAGUCCAUCCUUCUCUUCAUUAUUAACAGAGAUGUAGAGCCUCAAAGACCUGACCAUUUUUAACAGUCGAAGUUUAAUUUGCUGCUGCGGAUGGGGAAACUGAAGCUCUGAAUAACUUGUGCGGGUCCCAGAGAUACUCAGAAUCUGAGCAAUGCCAAAUGAAUAUAGCUACAUGAAACUGAAGAGUGAUUGCCCUCCUUCUCUGCCAUGGUAUGCCCAACCUCCAAAAAAAAUGAGAAGACCCAGCCUGUUAUUAAAAGGCAUUCUCAAAUGUUUGCUACUUGUGUUUGGAGUGUGGAUCCUCUAUAUCCUCAAAUUAAGUUACAGUGCUGAAGAAUGUGACAUGAAAAGAGUGCAUUAUGUGGAUCCUGAGCGUGUAAAGAGAGCACAGAAAUACGCUCAGCAAGUAUUGCAAGGGGAAUGUCGCCCUGGUUUUGUGAAAAAGGAGAUGGAACGAUUAUUUGAUCAGAAAUAUGAUAUGGACUCAUCCCCUUUUGUGAAAGAAAAUAUGGAAAUGAAUGAAGAUGUAUAUAAAUAUGAUCCUCCAUUUGGAUUUCGCAAGUUCUCCAGUAAAUUGCAAAAUCUUUUAAAACUUUUGCCCGAACACGAUUUGCCUGAAAACUUGAAAGCAAAACGUUGUAAACAUUGUGUUGUUAUGGGAAAUGGUGGAAUACUGAAUGGACUCGGACUGGGCCACAUAUUGAAUCAGUUUGAUAUUGUGAUAAGGUUAAACAGUGCACCAGUUCAGGGAUAUACAGAUCAUGUUGGGAAUAAAACUACUAUAAGGAUGACUUAUCCAGAGGGAGCUCCAUUGUCUGACCUCGAGUAUUAUUCUAAUGACUUGUUUGUUGCUGUUUUAUUUAAGAGCGUUGACUUCAACUGGCUUGAAGCAAUGAUAAAAAAUGAAACAGUGCCGCUUUGGGUGCGCCUGUUCUUUUGGAAGCACGUCGCUGAGAAAAUACCGCUCCAAUCAAAGCAGUUUAGGAUCCUGAACCCAGUCAUCAUCAAAAAUACUGCUAUGGACAUGCUGCAUUACCCAGAACCUCACCCAAGAAUCUGGGGCUGGAGUCAGAACGUACCCACAAUGGGCAUCGUUGCUGUUGUCCUGGCCACUCAUCUGUGUGAUGAAGUCAGUUUGGCAGGUUUUGGAUAUGAUCUCAACCAGCCCAAGACUCCUUUACACUAUUUUGACAACCUCUGCAUGGCAGCAAUGAAUGAACAAACUAUGCAUAAUCUGACAACAGAAACCAAAUUUCUGCAAAAGAUCGUGAAAGAAGGGACUGUGAAAGACCUGAGCGGAGGAAUACAUUGUGAAUUUUAAGGAAGAUGAAAAAAGUAACCUCAGGAUUUCACCUAAGAGGACAGCUUGGAACGUGACUCCGCAAACAGGUUGCUGACCGUGUUCUCCAUAUUUUUCAUUGUGUUAACAUUUUGAAAAAUAGUUGGGGAUUUUCUUAUUCUUUAAAGAAAAACCGAUUUAUUUUCUUGUGCUAUUUAUUUGAGGUCAGUGUUUGUUUUUGCACAAUAUUUGUGUAAGUUGAUUUUAAGAACUGAACUUGGAAGAUUUUUUAAAAGAGAAUUUAUGUAAUAUUGUUUUAUUCUAUUUUGGAAAAUAAUUUUCAUUUGAGAAAUUUUCUGUAUACUGCACAUAGAGGAGGGAAAAGGUGUCAAUGGUUCUCUGGUGGUUUUCACAUGCUUAUUUUCCAACUUGUUAUUUUAUGUGGUUGCAUGAAUUUGUGGAAUUCUUCCAAGGCUGUGCCGAGAAGGGCUGAGGGGCAGCGGAGCUGGGGGUGCGGUUUCACUGGGGCACAGGCCGGGAGUAGAGGGAGCAGAAAGAACCAUCCUGACCGGUGAUGGCCACAUCUCUUAGUUAUUAUAAGACGUUUUAAAACCUCUAAGUCAGAAUAAGGGAACCACACCGAGGGACCAGGACGGCUGGGACAGAAUCUCCCCAUCUUCACCUAAGUAACCAAAUAGGACAAACAACUCAGUCUUCACAGAAACAGUGGCUAUUUGGCAGCUCAGAAUGAGGGUACAAGAGACUUGGAUUAUGUUGCUGUUUAUAGAUUGUUGUUUUUCCUUUCAUUCCUGAUAAUUCACUCUCUUAAUUCAAGUUGCUCUGCUUUGUGCUUAUAAAAAAAUGUUUUUGGUUGUUAUUGUGGCUUUUGUUCAUCUAAAGCUUCUGUUAUCCAGAAUUUCCAGAGAAUAAUACAUUCCGGAUAAGAUGAUUUUUCUUUUUAGAUAGAUGAGACUUUUUCUAGGUGAUGGAGUUCUCCAAAAUAUGGUAGGUAUUUCAAGUGUGUUUUACUCUCGGAAUAGGAAUGGAAGCAGCUAGAGUCAGUAUGAAUUUACCUCAUUUCUUCUCACUGUCACCCACACAGAGACAGGGAGUGACUUCCCCACACUAUUAAAUAACAAGCCUGGCUGGUGGCCUACUGUGAAACCUUGGGGAGAUGCACUUUACUCUCUUUUGGGGCACACAUCCCCUCUCUGUCUGGGUUUGGGGGGGCCUAUAUUGUACUGAAGGACAGAGGUUCUUCUCCGCACUAACCGCCUCAGGCCACAGAGAUGCUCUGUUCUCUGCUGCCAGGGUCCCCAGCCUGCUGCCCGUUAUUGCCUCCUGCCUUCUCUCCCUUUGCUCAUAGGUUGCCUUCUUUUUUGUCUCUCUUGCUUACAGUUGCCAUGACUUCUGGGGGUUGUUUCUAUAAAGUUAUUUUUAGAGAUUUUAUCAGCCCUUUGGUACCUAAUACAGGGAUUUUCAUAGCUUCUUGAGGUUUUCACUGGAAUCUUUGAGUUUGGAUCUCUUAUUGUUUCCAUUGUUCUUAUUUAUCAAAGUCUUAAAUCUUUAAUCAGAAAUUCUUCCCUUUAAUUUUUUUUUUUUUUUACUUGAGAGUCUGGAACCAUUGUGGAUUCUUAAGAUGCUAAAAGGCUGCAAUAUCAUUAUGACAAUUUUAUGUUGUUUAUCGCACAAACACACACACACAUACCUCCUGAAACAAAACAAAACAAAAAACCCUUGCAUAUAUAAAAUGAGUUAGUUGUGAAACAACUUGAGAAUAAUUUCCUUUUCCAUAUCACUGGCUAUAUUUUGAUGGCACUAGAAAAUACAGACUAACUUAGCAGUUAUUUUUUAAAGACUAUAUAUUCAGACCCUUGAACAGGAUUGAAAAAAUGCAUUGGAGGAUAGGAUAAAAAAUAUAGUCUCUUAGUUUUUUAAAAACAGAAAUUAAGCCAAGCUCUUAACAAAGCACUUUUAGUUUUCUAAAAAUCUAGUUGUGUCGUUAAAUGACUUAUUUUUUAAAAAAUCAUUUAUUUGUGUUGUUUUAUAAGUUUAAUAUGAUACAGGUUAUGUUUGUAUGCUCAAAUCAUAUUGAUGUAAAUGACCCUAAGUCAAUUGAAAAAAAACCACUUUUUCUUAAACAAAUUGUUUGAUAUGAUAUAUUAAAUUGGUCAAAAUGUGUUCACCUGGGUUUGUAUGUGUAGGUAUACAUUCAUAUAAAAGAAUGCUGUGACAGAAUUUUGAAUCUAAUGAUAUGUUUUUAAAAACAAUUGACAAAGAAUACAUGUUUAUUUCAGUAACAUACUUGCAAUUUUUUGGCUUAUUACACAAAAACUGUUGGAUUUUCUUUGUAGGUUGCUAAUUGCUUCAGACACAUUCAAAGCAAAGGUAUGAAUAGCAAGGCUAAAGACCAGUAAAUGAUUCUCGGGAUCAUUUCUUAUUUUCAGUCUUAUCUUAUAAUUUUUUUCUUCAGUUUUCAAAAAUGAUUCCUAUAUCAAAAUAAAUAGCAUAGAGUGGAGGAAAAAUUCAUAAUUCUUGUGAUGAUUUUUGCAAGUGAAAACUCCUUGGUAUGAAGCAGGUUUUUUAGUGUAAUUAUUAUCCAGGACUGUCCAAAGGUUAGAAUAAUGAGUCUGUGCUCUCACACAUUCGUGUACACAGCUACACACUCCCCCCCCCAUGUGUACGUGCGCGCACACACACACACACACACAUACACACACAGAAAAGCCAAGUCCCCUUUAAACAAAGGGCCCUCUUGUUUGCUCCUGGUUAUUUUGACUGCUCCCCUGCCUAUGAUGAAAGGAGACUUUCUUAAGCCAUAGAGCCACGUCUAGCUCCUGGUUCCUUUUCAGUAGUGAGUUAUCCACACCUCUCGCCCUUCCUGCAGAGAGGGUGGCUACUUGAAUGUCAUGGGAAGAAUUUUAUGAGGCCACAUGAAACAAAGAUGGAUGGAUCUCAGGGCCCAGCCAGACACCAGCUUACUUACAUCUUGCUUCACAGCCGAGAUAUGACCACAGGUACAUUCACACUUACAAAGCAAGAAAAGUCACACAGGAUGCUGGUUCCUUGCAGUCCCAAACAAUGACAUAUGAUGUGUUGUACCAGACUAUAUGCACUCAUAUGCAGCUUUUCUGGACUGGAAGUCAAUGUAGGAAACCACAACGAACUCAUAGGUAAAUCAUUAGCCUUUUAAAUAUAAACCUACCCUGUUAAAGGUUAAUCUUGAUGUCCCUAAUGCUUCAGGGGCCGGUGAUUCAGCCUUCCCCUUGGAGGGAAAUUCCAGCCCUUUGGCUCCUCACGAAUCUCUGUAGCUGAAAAGCUGAUGUCCAACCAAGUAGAAAUAAGCUCUCUCCAAAUUCAGUCAGGCCUGCAGAUUGCAGGCUAAUCCCUAGCCAAAUCUGCAUCCAUAGCCUUCCCCACUCGGUUGAACCUGACAGAGUUUGUGUUUCCUCGGCACAGAAAACUUAUUUUCAUGCCUCUGUAAGGCAAAGAAGUAGAAAUGAGGUGAAAAAAUGUUUGUUUUUUUCCUUAUUUGAAUAAUAGUCAAUAUUUAUUUUAUUCACCUUAGGAAUAAUAUGGCAAACAACCAGAAAGUAAUUGCUAUACUGAAACUUCUUGAUUUUCCCAUUUUAAAACCAUCUGAUUAAAGUUAUAUUUUAAAAGAUGUUAUGUUAAGAAACUAGCAUUCUGAAAUCAUUUUCUGCUCGGAGAAAAUAUAAAGUAUUGCUUUUCUGUGUUACGAUGAGGUCUCUGAUCUGCCAAACACCAUAGUUUCUAUCCGUUCUACUCUGGGAUGAGAAUAAAGUUAUUCUGUUUUUAGACUGAAAAUAGACUGUUGAUCAAAUUGUAUAUUAAGCCACAUCACAUUGUAGCAGCAAUAGUAUUAAAUCUGUUGUUUGUUAACAAUUGGGAACUAACUUUAAAAAACUGCAAUAUAUUUCUACUCAUAUCAUCUACCUGCCUAUCUAUUUAUUUAAUAUUUCUUCAUUCUGGAGGAAACUAAUUCCAGGGAAGAUGUCAACAAGAUAGUGUGUCAUUUAAAAUCUGAAUAAGCCCUGGCAGAAAGGAUCAACCUUAACUGCCAACCAGUGUUAACUUCUACAGUCAUGUGGGAAAAGGUGCUGAGAACAGUCACCCAAGCACAACACAGUUAAAGUAAAUGAAUAGUAGUCUUAGCGGGACUGUUGGAGAUUUAGUUUAGUUUAGUUGUGGGAUUUUUAAAAUUGCCAUUGAACCUAAAUGAACGACAUAGAUUUGAACUUCCUUGAGGUCACAUAUCUUGUAUGCGUUAUGAAUACUCAGAAAAUACUUGUUCAGGUUUGAUUAUCUGCUGAGAUGGUAUAAUUGAACCUUGAUUAAAAUGGGACAUAUCAUUACUAACCUUAUCCCAUGAGCAAUAAAUAAUGAAGUCAUUUCUUCCUGAACUUUGGAAAUUCCAGUGACUUUUUAAAGGGGAAAAAUAACUGAGCAGGUUUAGUAAUGCAUCCCAUGGAAAAGACUUGUAGAUUAUAUGUGGAAUUGAUAUUUGCCCGACUUCUUAAAAGAUGUACAGAAGCUAAAAAUUAAAUAGAAAUAUGUUGCAUUGGCAUUUAGACUGUUAACUGGAAGAUUUUUUUGUACCUAAAGUUAGAUUUUUGCAUCAAAAAUAGUUGUAGUGGAAUUUAUUGUACAGUAUUUUGAAAAUAAGUCAUUGCUUGUCCGUUCAUUUUCACCAUCCUCUGUUCAUUAAUGAAAGCCCAAAAUAAGGAGCAAUCUAUUUUAGGCACCUCCCCAGGACAAAUGCAGUAAUUUGAAAAGUUAGUGGGGUAGAAAAAAGUGUCCUUGGGUUUUUUAAACAAUGUGUAAUACUGCCAAAUGGCUUGACUUGGUUUAUUUUUUUUUUUUAAGUGUACAUCCUGUAUAAUUCUAUCUACCUCACAGAAAUGUUCAGAAAAUAGGGUACUAUUGUUAAUGUGCUUUGAGAUCUCCCAUUGGAAGAUCUAUGAAAGGGCCGGUUCUAACCAUCAUUGAGCACAGCACCUGAAGCGGCCAGAAUAGCGUGACUGGCUUUGAUGGUGUUUUAGAGAAAUGUAAAAAGUCGCUCUCGUUGGCUUUGAAAAUGAUGAACAUGGAAAACAAGAUUCUAAUAAGUACAACAAGCUUAUUUGAGGACUAAAUUGAUCAGGUUAAGAGAACAGGAAGCAGGCGUGUUCAUCUGCAGAGCGAGCGAUGAGAGCGGCGUGAGAUGCACUAAGGAGCUUUCGUGCUGAAUCACUUCGAUCACAUUGUACAGUUCAUUUUGAUUAUAUGCAAUGAUCCACUGUCAGUGUCUUCCUUGCCCUUUAAAAGUUGAUGGAAUCGCCAGCAAUUAACACAGCCUUUUCUGUACUGAGAAUUAUUUUCUCCUUUUGUUUCUAAAGUUUAUUUUUUAAAUAAAGGUUGAUUUUCCAAUG